AGGGAAGCUGUACUUGCCCAGCCCAGUAAAGAGCAGCACAAGCUGAGAAAAUAACUCAGAGGAGAGAACUGAGGAGGGAAAGUGGGGAUGGAUGUCAUCCUCAACUUUGCCAUGGAAACCUGGGUUCUCCUGGCUGCCAGCCUGGUGCUGCUCUACAUAUAUGGGACCCACUCACAUGGACUUUUUAAGAAGCUAGGAAUUCCUGGGCCCACACCUCUGCCCUUUUUUGGAACUUUUCUGAACUACCACAGGGGCGUUUGGGAUUCUGACCUAGAAUGUUAUAAAAAGUAUGGGAAAAUGUGGGGGUUGUAUGAUGGCCAACAGCCUGUGUUGGCUAUCACGGAUCCCGAAAUGAUCAAAACAGUGCUAGUGAAAGAAUGUCAUUCUGUCUUCACUAACCGUCGGUCUUUUGGUCCACUGGGACUUAUGAAAAGUGCCAUCUCUCUAUCUGUUGAUGAUGAGUGGAAGAGAAUACGAACGUUGCUGUCUCCAACCUUCAGCAGUGGGAAACUGAAGGAGAUGUUCCCCAUCAUGAGCCAGUAUGGAGAUGUGUUGGUGAGAAACCUAAGGCAGGAGGCCAACAAAGGCAAGACUGUCAACUUGAAAGACAUCUUUGGGGCCUACAGCAUGGAUGUGAUCACGAGCACAUCAUUUGGAGUGAACAUUGAUUCCCUCAACAACCCACAGGAUCCCUUUGUGGAAAACAUCAAGAAAUUCUUAAAAUUUAAUUUUGUCACUCCCUUCUUUCUCUCAAUUUUACUCUUUCCAUUCCUUAUCCCAGUUUUUGAAGCAUUAAAUAUAUUUGUGUUUCCAAAAGAUGUUAUGGAUUUUUUUGAAAAAUCCAUCAAAAGGAUAAAAGAAAGCCGACUCCAAGAUAAACAAAAGCACCGAGUAGAUUUACUUCAGCUAAUGAUCGACUCCCAAAACUCCAAAGAAACAGAGUCCCAUAAAGUUCUAUCUGAUGUGGAGCUUGUGGCCCAGUCAAUUAUCUUCAUCUUUGCUGGCUAUGAGACCACUAGCAGUGCUCUUUCCUUCCUUAUGUAUGAACUGGCCACGCACCCUGAUGUCCAGCAGAAACUGCAGGAUGAGAUUGAUGCAGCUUUGCCCAGUAAGACACCUGCCACCUAUGAUGCCAUGGUACAGAUGGAGUAUCUUGACAUGGUGGUGAAUGAAACUCUCAGAUUAUUCCCAAUUGCUGGAAGACUGGAGAGGGUCUGUAAGAAAGAUGUUGAAGUCAAUGGAGUGCUCAUUCCCAAAGGGGUCACUGUGAUGAUACCAACCUUUGCCCUUCACCGAGACCCAAAGCACUGGACAGAGCCUGAGGAGUUCCGCCCUGAAAGGUUCAGCAAGAAGAACAAGGACAGCAUAGAUCCUUACAUGUAUAUGCCCUUUGGAUCUGGGCCCCGAAACUGCAUUGGCAUGAGGUUUGCUCUCAUGAACAUGAAAAUUGCUCUUAUCAGAAUCCUGAAGAACUUCUCCUUCAAGCCUUGUAAAGAAACACAGAUCCCCCUGAAAUUAAGCAAAAAAGCAAUUCUUCAACCAGAAAAACCCAUUGUUCUGAAGAUUGAGUCAAGAGAGGGGACCACAAAUGGAGCCUGACUUUCCCUACGAACUUCUGCACUGUUCUUCUAAAAAGCUGUGUCCCAGAAAACAAUAUACCCCAAUUUUCUUUGAUAAUAAAACCCAGAAAUAAAGAUGAGCUUAACCUAGUGGACUUGAAGAAUGAAAACGGAUGAUUCUGUAUGUGCAUUGAGCUCUCUCAGUGUCUAUGUAGAGGAUUGUAUAUCAUGUAACAUAAAGGAAGUGUCGAAACCAGUGCCAGAUGGGUGGAUUUUGCUUCUAUGAGAUCUAUCCUCAGAAGACCAGCUAGUACCAUCAAUUCCUCAGCUCUGAGCAAAGAAUAAACAUUUCUCAACAAUUUUGUAAAUAAUUUUUGCUGGAAAUGAAAAUUAUUGUGGUGACUGUAAUAGUGACAUUAUAUCCCAUGUUCCAUUAGUAAUAUUCUAUACUAAGUUUUACACUGAGAAAGUCAAUAAAUACCUCUUUUAAAAAUAU